CGCGUUCCCCUGCGGACCGCGCUAUGCCGGGUCGCCUGCUGCGGGACCUGCGGCAGCGAUGGCUCCGUUACAGGUACCGCUUCGUACCCUGGAUCGCGUUGAACCUAAGCCACAAUCCGAGGACCCUUCGAUAUGUUCCAGAGGAUUCCAAAGACAAAGUUAUCUCAGAUGAAGAUGUCCUAGGAACAUUACUGACAGUUUUCCAGGCUCUGUUUAUUAAUGAUUUCAAUAAGCAAUCAGAUAUUUUGACUCGGCUUCCAGAAUCCGUUAAAUCAAAAUACCAAGACUUACUGUCAGUUCAGCAGCCAAAGGUGAAACUGCUUGAAUACAGACAUCAACAACCAAACACCUUUAAACCAGAAGAAAUUCUUUAUAAGACAUUGGGUUUCAGUGUUGCACUAGCAACUAGCUCGUUGAUUUCUGCUGGAAAAGGGGUCUUCGUUACUAAAGGACUGAUACCAAAAGGAGCGGUUGUUUCUAUGUAUCCUGGUACAGUGUAUCAGAAGUAUGAGCCAAUAUUUUUCCAGUCCAUUGGAAAUCCAUUUAUAUUCAGAUGCCUAGAUGGGGUACUCAUUGAUGGAAAUGACAAAGGAAUAUCAAAAGUUGUGUACAGAUCUUGCAAUGGGAGAGAUCAACUUGGCCCUUUUAAAAUGAGUGAUAGUACAUGGCUGACAUCAGAAAUUCAUAAUCCCUUGGCUAUAGGACAGUAUGUCAACAAUUGUUCAAAUGACAGAGCAGCUAAUGUCUGUUAUCAGGAAUUUGAUGUGCCUGCAGUUUUCCCUGUAGAACUGAAGCAGUAUCUUCCAAACAUUGCCUACAGCUCUGACAAACAAAGCCCACUUCGAUGUGUUGUUCUUGUUGCACUCAGGGAUAUCAAACAAGGGGAAGAGCUUUUUUCAAAUUACUACACAAUUGUCACCUAAGUUUGAAUUGGGAAGUUUGUACUCAGCUCUGAAAUUAAUUCUGAAUAUUUUUUGUUAAUCAUUCUCCAAGUUCCACCAUAGACAAGUAUUUGGGAACCUAAUUGAAGUGGGAGUUGUUUUGUUUUUAUUGACAUUAUAUUUAUUUUAGUUCCAGGAUAAAAUCUGCUUCCAUUGCAAUUCCAGUUCAAUUGAUUUUUCACCUAAAUGCACUAUACCUAAUUAAAAUCUGUCAGAAUAUUUGUAAUUUCAGAUUUUCUUCCCUUUGUGUAUGCUUCCCCUGGAUAUCCCAUGAUAACCACACUGUUGAAAAGUGUCCCCAGCCCAACUUUCAGAUCACGUGGUAUCUCCCAUUGAAGAGAUCUCCAAUUUUCACAAGAUGGUAACCUCCUUUACAGUAAUCAAUAGGAUCUUCUUGUUCGUCAUCAUCAGAUCCCAAAAUCUCCUCCUCUUGCUCUGGUGGAUCACUCUCAGAAUGGGGCGCAGAGCCUCUGUGCUGACUUUCAGGUUUCCUUUGGGCUUUGUCCUUCGUGGCCUUGGUCCUCUUUUUGCAGGCCUGGAGCGCGAGCACUUUCUGCUCCAUGGCGAGACCGGUAACCGCCCGGCGCCUGCACACUUGAGUGCCGCGGGUGGGGAAAGAUCAGGAACGAUCGGUUUGAGGCUCUUCGUGUUCCUAGAGUAAACAGACGCCAUUGGGCUACACUCGCAUGCGACAGGGACAGAUGGAGACGUUACUGGCGCCCGCUCGAGCAAAUCGACGAUUAACAGGAAGUCAAGUGAUCAAGUGAUUGUAUAUGCUAGUUUAUAAAACUUAAGCUAAAUAAUUACUAAUUCCUAUAAAGUUGAUGUGUGCACACUUAGGCAAAAACUUUUAGAUAGUACAGGUGUUAAGGCACUUUGCCUUGCUUCCAGCAAGAUAUGGCUGUGAGCACCGAGCCAAGAAUCACCCUGCCAGGUGUGGCCCAAUCCCAUAAUCCUAUUUUUCUUAUUUUAUAUAUUACCUAUAUGUUACUCUUAUUUUUCCCAAAUAAAGCUACAAUUUAU